AUGGUGCCCGUGAUCUACUACCUGGUCAAGUGGUGCUCGCUGCCCUACGAGGACAGCACGUGGGAGCUCAAGGAGGACGUGGACGAGGGCAAGAUCGGCGACUUCAAGCGCAUCCAGGCCCGGCACCCGGAGCUGAAGCGCGUGGCCCGGCCGCAGGCGGGAUCCUGGAAGAAGCUGGAGCUGUCGCACGAGUACAAGAACCACAACCAGCUCCGCGAGUACCAGCUGGAGGGCGUCAACUGGUUGCUCUUCAACUGGUACAACAGGCAGAACUGCAUCCUGGCCGACGAGAUGGGCCUGGGCAAGACCAUCCAGUCCAUCGCGUUCCUGCAGGAGGUCUUCAACGUGGGCAUCCGCGGCCCGUUCCUGGUGAUCGCGCCGCUCUCCACCAUCACCAACUGGGAGCGCGAGUUCAGCACGUGGACCGAGAUGAACAGCAUCGUCUACCACGGCAGCCUGGCCUCGCGGCAGAUGAUCCAGCAGUACGAGAUGUACUGCAAGGACGCCCGGGGCCGGCUGGUCCCCGGCGCCUACAAGUUCGACGCGCUCAUCACCACCUUCGAGAUGAUCCUGUCGGACUGCCCGGAGCUGCGGGAGAUCGAGUGGCGCUGCGUGAUCAUCGACGAGGCCCACCGCCUCAAGAACCGCAACUGCAAGCUCCUCGACAGCCUCAAGCACAUGGACCUGGAGCACAAGGUCCUCCUGACGGGCACCCCGCUGCAGAACACGGUGGAGGAGCUUUUCAGCCUCCUGCACUUCCUGGAGCCUUCGCAGUUCCCCUCGGAGGCCGAGUUCCUCACGGCCUUCGGGGACCUCAAGCGGGGGGGGAAAAAGAGCCGCCACCGACGGCCCUUUCCUGUCCCCGUCCCCGGGCUCCGUGUCCCCUCGUCCCGCGUCCAGGUGCAGAAGCUCCAGGCCAUCCUCAAGCCCAUGAUGCUGCGGCGCCUCAAGGAGGACGUGGAGAAGAACCUGGCGCCCAAGCAGGAGACCAUCAUCGAGGUGGAGCUCACCAACAUCCAGAAGAAGUACUACCGCGCCAUCCUGGAGAAGAACUUCUCCUUCCUGUCCAAGGGCGCCGGCCACACCAACAUGCCCAACCUGCUCAACACCAUGAUGGAGCUGCGCAAGUGCUGCAACCACCCCUACCUCAUCAACGGUGCCGAGGAGAAGAUCCUGGCCGAGUUCCGCGAGUCGUGCCAGCAGCACCACCACCACGUGCCCGCCGACUUCCACCUGCAGGCCAUGGUGCGCUCGGCCGGCAAGCUGGUGCUCCUCGACAAGCUGCUGCCCAAGCUCAAGGCCGGCGGCCACAAGGUGCUCGUCUUCUCCCAGAUGGUCCGCUGCCUUGACAUCCUGGAGGACUACCUCAUCCAGAAGAG